CGGGAAGUCGUAGAGCGAGAGAAGUUUCAACGUCGCCGCAUGGAGCUGUUGGAGGACAUCUGCCGCAAGUGUCCGAUGUUCCGCCCGCCGCCGGAUUACCGGCCAAACAAACGAACGGCCAAGUUGCUGAUUCCCGUGGACGAAUAUCCGGGCUACAACUUCUUCGGUUUGAUAAUCGGUCCUCGUGGGUCGACGCAAAAGCAGAUGCAGCGAGAGACAAAUACGAAAAUUGUCAUUCGAGGGCGAGGCAGCGCGAAGGGCGGUACGGGCGCGGCGGAGCGCAAUAACGAGUUCGAUCACGAGCCUCUCCACGUGCUCAUCGAGGGCGACGUGCAGAGCGACGUA